AUGCAGCAGCCGGUGCCUCCAUCUGAGGAAGAGCGUCAGCUCUACUAUUACGGGCUUCCAUCUCGCCCGAGACUCGUCGCACGCUCAAGCACGAACACUUGGAUGAGGCCAUAUACGCCUGGCACCCUGAACAUGUAUCCCAAAAUGAUUGAACCGGUUGGAAGACACCGGUUGCUGCAUCAGCUAUGGAACAACGCCAGAUCUUCGCUCAGGGUCCAGCUGUUGGAAGCGAUCAGCGCGGCCGAUUGGACUUCUGUUGACUUUGUACGUGUCGCUCUUAAUGAGGAAUCCCAUAUCACGUUCAUGGUGGGCGUCAACCCAGGCACGUUGUCGUGGAGCGACGGGCAUGCCAUUGCAGUGCGAUGCAAAUCUAUUCUUGAAGCACAUAAUAUCCACGAAGUGCACUGCGAGAUUCGUGAACCCGUCUUCAGUUUCCGCACCAAGGAGGCAUCCAAGCCGGAUUCUACUGCGGACCCCAUGCCGGAUUCUACCACAUAUUCUACCACAGAUUCUACCGCCGAUUCUACCACGGGGCCGGGGCCUGAAGCAGUGCUAUGA